GAACCAAAACGUGCUGUACGGUGAAUGAUAGCGUGUAGAUUUGUGUAAGAUUCUGACUUACUUCUGAGGGAGAUUUUUACCUUUACUACUCCAGAAUGUCGGCUAGUAUGGGAUUACCCCUCAACCCCAAGCCCUUCCUCAACGGGCUGACGGGCAAGCCAGUCAUGGUCAAACUCAAGUGGGGUAUGGAGUACAAAGGCUACCUGGUCUCUGUGGACGGCUACAUGAACCUUCAGCUUGCAAACACAGAGGAGUAUAUUGAUAGUGUAUUUCAGGGAAACCUCGGUGAAGUUCUGAUCAGAUGUAACAACGUGAUGUACGUGAGAGGCGUCGAAGAGGAAGAGGAGGAUGGCGAGAUGAGAGAAUGACAGGCAGGUGCCAUGGCAACCAGAGGAGAUUCAGCACUGUCGUCAUCAUCCUAGGACCUCGUAGUAUUUGGGCCCAAUUUCACUGAGCUGAUUAGCAUAAGUUCCUGCUAAGCGAAUAGCUAAGCAAAAAUCUGACAAGAAUCUACCAGUAGAUUGGCUGACAGUUUCAGCUAGUGACUGGUUUUUGCGAAUCAAAUUCUUUCCCCGCAUGGUUGUUACAUUGGCUGUCAUUUGGGCUGGUGAUUGUUUUUGUUUGUUUCUUCUAAGCAAAUGUUAACUCUGCUUAUUGGAUUUUCUAAGUAGGUCUGUGAAAUUGGGCCCCCGUGCUAUGUAUUGCUUCUGUUAACUGAAAGGGCAUUCUCUAUGAGUCCAAUGGGUUUUUGCCAGUGUGCAUUUGAAUGUUGGAGGCAUUCCGCAUAUGCGAACAGUGCCAAAGUUGCUGACGUUCACAACAUUUUCUGUACAUUAUCCACUCCCUGUAGCAGGCAUGCAACUGAUCAAGGCUGACUCCCUAAUUUUGACUUCUCUUUUCUGCAAUCAAGAAUGGAAAACGAGUGCAGAGUCUUGUUAAGCUUGGAAUGGUUUUCUUUAAUCUGUGACUGCAUGUCUGCUGAAGGAAUUCGUUCGAAAACUUGGCAACAUCCCCUUAGUGGGGUGCAUCAACGUUCCUCCAGUAAAUAGGUAUACAUGUACCAUGUGCACAUUCAAUGUAGAUGAUGAUGAUUACUUUUCAUAAUCUCUGUCUAAGAUUUUUGAUGGGGAUAUUUUCUGUAAAUAUUGAACCUUUUUUAAGGAGCGUUUUGUAUGAGCUUAGAUCCUGAGUACUGCACUGAAGAGUAGUGUUGUAGUCGAGUCCAUCACAAGUACCUUCAUAAGUCCAGUCACAAGUAAAGGAUGAACAAUGACAAAAUGAAUGUUUUUGUUUCAGUUCAUUUAAAUAUAUGUAGCUAGUGACUUGACUUGGGACUGAAGGACUUGUGCUGGACUUGUUGUCGACUUGCAGAGACUUGUGAGGACUUGUGGUGGAGACGACUACAGCAAUUUGGAAGAAUGUUAGGAAAACUGCAGUUGUUUUCUUUCGUUGUACUUCCUCACAUAAUCAUGAAAUAGUAAUACAGUCGACUCUCGUUAGUACAAACUCUGUUAAUACAAAGUUCUGGUCAUAACAAACAAUUUGGGUAGGUCCGAACGAGUUUGCAUUAACGAGACUCGACUGUACAUGGUAUUGUAUCCCGACCACACUGUUGACUAUUACACAAAUUCACCUCAGAAACUAUGGGAUAUUUAUUCUUAUACAACAUCCUGAAUAAAUCCCCGUCAUCUGAUUGGUGGGCCGUUGAUCACAUGUCUUUGAAUUAUUCGUCCCAACCCACGGUCCGGCCGCAUCGCAAAAAUAGAAGUUCUAUUCCAUGGUAUAUAAAGCUUCUAUUGCACGGUCACACUAGUGGCUCUGACCAUGGAGCUAGGAACACAUGCUCCUAGCUCCAUGCACUGACCAAUCAGAUGACGAGGAUUUAUUCAGGUGUUGUAUAAAACAAAUAAUGAAUGUUUCACGUUCGUGCAAUGGAAAGAAUAAUUUCAUUAGGUGACAGAUUGGAUGUUCCACUCCGUCUGUCACCUCAUGAAAUUAUUCUUA